AUGAAUGAGAUGCCAGAAAUAGAUCAUUCAUUGGCAUUGACAACUGUGAGACGGAAAAGAGCACGCGUUUCGCGCAGUUGGAAACAAACAAUGAACUGCUUCGGCGAUUUAAAAUUUCUCAUCCUGGGUGCCGGUAUUAACGGUUUAUCCUGUGCAAUGCGACUGUCGGAACAGUAUCCUCGUUCGUGCAUUGAGAUAGUCAGCGAGCAUUUCAGUCCAAACACUACAAGUGAUGUGGCUGCAGGUUUAUGGGAGCCCUAUCUGCUGGGGGACACUGCGCAGCAGCUAGUAAAAAAAUGGUCCAGAGAUACCUACCAAUAUUUCCAUGAGAUGUGGAAAGCAGGAUACGCCGAUGAAUGUGGAAUUAGUUUGAUACCAUAUUUGGCACUUUCCUCCGAAAAUCAAUCAGGAGAUGAUGAAUUCUUUUGGAAGGAUUUUGUGUUUGGGUUUUCUGAAUUGUCCGAGACUAGAUUGAUGCAAUUUAGAGCUGAACAUGGCAUGAGAUAUUGCUCUGGAGCCGAAUUUGUAACCUUCACUUGUGAGCCAACAAAAUUGCUGCAGUUCUACACUAGAACACUACGCUCGCGAGGAACGGUGUUCCGCCAGGAAACGAUAGGGGAGUUGCUACGGUUUAUCAGCGAGAAUGCCUCAUUCUCCAAUGUCAUAGUAAUAAAUUGUUUGGGUUUAGGAUCAAGAGAAUUACUAAAUGACGAUGCAGUCAGAUCUUGUCGGGGUCAGGUAAGACGUGUUCAUGCACCUUGGAUGUUCCAUGUGUUGAUCUCCGCUGCCGGUUAUGUUAUUCCCAAUACCGAAAGUGUUACUUUGGGUGGUACAAAGCAAACUGGUGACUGCGAACUGGAAGUCAGGUCAGAGGAUACAUUGGGUAUUCAUGAUGGAUGUACAGGACUAACACGUGCUCUUGAUCGAGCACCUGUAAUUGCUGACUUGGUGGGACUGCGACCGACACGAACCGCUGUAAGAUUAGAAAUUGAGCACGUUCAAGCAGAACACAGUACCAACUUGGUUCCAAUAAUCCACAACUAUGGCCAUGGGGGAAGUGGUAUCACACUGGCAUGGGGCUGUGCAGGCGAUGUCUUAGCAUUAGUGCAAGAUCUUCUUGAUCACAGCCAGCUUCACCAGCGUUAUCGUAGGAGGAAAUCAAAGCUUUAACAAUCAUCAAAUGUAAACGCUUUGUUUCAAUUCUAAGAUUGAAAACAAAAACAAGUUGCUUGUGAUUUAUAAUAUAUUUAAAUACACAAAGUAGUGAUUGCA